AUGAAUAUUGUUCAUUAUGCGAUCACGUGGAGUCCCACGAUUGAUGCGGUGGCGACGAUUUGCUGCUUGAAAUCUUACAGACGGGCUUUCCUCGAGACUAUUUUCAACAUUCGGCCAGCAACGAAGCCCGAAGUUUGGCAAUUGAAAAAUGGGAAUGGACAGUUUGCGAAGACGUCCAAACGGGAAACUUGCUUUGCAAGACGCAUUUCGGCCGAUGAAAAAGCUAAUGGUACACCACAUGAAGGGCUGGCUCCUGACUAUCAAAUCUUUCGUUCGGAGACACCAAAUAUUAUGGUCCAGCCCAUUGAAAUGCCUGGUGAACAAGCCGAUCACCCUAGCCCUACACCCUUAGAACCACGCACUCUUUCUGCUCGAAAUCUGGAUGAAGAUUCUUUA